CAGUUCUGUGGACUCAGUCACUCUCAGUCAUUUCAGUUCAGUAGUCUUCCAGCCGUCGAGAAGAGCUCACGGACUGGACCACGUCGCGGCUUUCAUCUCUCAAUAACAAGCGCGUAAACAGUGGCAGGAAAUUCGAUGCAAUUCUCACGAAUAUUUCGUGAAAUCGCAUGCGAUGUGCGUGACAUCUCAACCAACUCUGUUUGUUGACUGGUGCUUUGGAAAAGUGUCGUAUUUUGGUAACUUGGAAGAACUGGAAAUCUAUUUUAAUUCUCCUCAACCCCCUCAAGGAGGAAUCGUAAAAACUGCAGAUUCGAUUCGCAGGAUAAGGAAUACAGGACUCACAUGGAAAAAUCAGAGUUGAAUCUUGUCGCAGCAAUUGUGCGGAUGAUUUGUGUGAAGCAAGCAGCCUUGGGGCACCAAUCAGCAGCUCCACCACUCCAAAUUGCUGACACGCUAUUAUUUUUGCUAUUUGCCGCUGUUCAAAAAGUGACUCGUCUACACAAAAUAAUGCAAUCCUCGCUCAAAGUGAAAUCAAACGUGUAGAGCUUCCCGAAUAUGUGCGCAAUUGUUGUACACAAGUAAUAGUAGCCUAUACGUAUCCGCUGGCAAUGUAACAGUGUAGGUGAAACCGAUUCGUGAGUUUGUAUCAGAAUCAAGUUAUUUCAGUAGAUAUCAUUGAAAGUGUAUUUCUCAUCCAAAGAGUGGAUUGUUACAAUUUUCAGUUUACUAUUUAUAUACAGCUAGUAGAUUUAGGGAGGGGGAAGUAUUUUCAUUUUCAUUUUUCAAGUGCUAUCCUAAGGGUUUGUGGUGGCAAUUAAUAUUCUAUGGUUGAACCGGUUAGGUGAUAGAUGAAAUGAGGAUACAUUAUUUAGAAACAAGUAAUUUGAUUUUCAUAAAUGAAGCUGCUCAUCAUAAAAGUUGGUUUCAGUAUUUUUUAUUUUAGGAUUGAACCAAAAAGGGGAUAGUCUGAACCAGUUAUUGAGAAAUUGUUCAUAAUUUGAUAAGUAGAAUUGUAAAAAAAAUAUUGUAUUCUCCAUUUUGGAAUGAGCUUGUUAAUGCUGUACCAAUAAUUGGAUAGCAUUCUACAUUGUAGGAUUGAAAUAGAGGGAAGUUUUUGUGAAAUUUAGGAAACAAGUCUUUCAAUUGAAGAGUGGACUUCCUUAUCCCAAAAAAGUGUUGCCCUCCCAAUAUUUGAAUGUAAUAGUAUUUCAAUGUCCACCGAUGGGGAAGUACUAGAUAUUGGGAUCCACUCCAUAUAAAGUUCAAUUUUGAAGUGAAGCUGAAAAUUUAUUACAUUUUCUGUAUUCAAAUACUUGAAAUCUGUAAUUAAAAUACAUUCAUUUUUAGUGCAAGUAUGACAUUUGGUUCAGAAAACUCCGAUCUUGAAAGUGAUCAUUCUUGAUGAGGCCCACAUUGAUGUCUACGAUGUCCUACGAGAACUCGACGCGAACCAUUUACAGUCUGAACUAUACGAACGAUCUCACGUCGUUGUUUGAGAACGGAACAGUGUCAAGAACUUAUCACAGAAAUCUAGGCUUUGAUGGCAAAACGGGGAGUGAUGGCGAGAGUGAGAUUUCGGACUCGGGUGACGGUAACGCCACCAAACUCGAACAAACGAUGGAACGCUUCAAGCAACUGUACCCGGUGGAAAGCUGGAAAAGCGAGGGCUUUUUCACGGACGAGUACCUCUACAUGAUAAACCCUCAUUGGCUGCAGUUCGACCCUCCCUCUCACACGGCGCACUACAUCCUGGCCGCCGCCUACUUCAUCGUCAUGACCAUUGGCGUGACGGGCAACUUUCUUGUGAUUUUCAUGUUUUUAAGAUGUCGUAGCCUAAGGACACCAGCCAACAUUCUGGUGGUUAAUCUAGCACUAAGCGACUGCCUCAUGCUGCUCAAGAUGCCAGUCUUCAUCUAUAAUAGCCUCUACUAUGGGCCUGCACUAGGUGCUGCUGGUUGCGUGGUGUACGGUUUCGCGGGCGGCCUGACAGGCACAGUGAGCAUAAUGACGCUAGCCGCAAUCGCGUUGGACCGCUACUAUGUGGUCGUGCAUCCGCUGAACCCGCUGCGACGGACGACCCGCACGCGUGCGCGACUUUCAGUCGCAUUCGUCUGGUGCUACGGCUGCCUGUUUGCGUCUCUGCCGCUGACGGGGCUCGGUCUCAACCGCUACGUCCCCGAGGGCUUCCUCACCAGCUGCAGUUUCGACUACCUCACUCCCGACCUGCUCGCCCGCGCCUUCAUACUCUGCUUCUUCUUUGCCGCCUGGGUGGUGCCCUUCUCCGUUAUCGCCUACUGUUAUCACGGCAUCCUCAAAGAGGUGACAAACACAAGCAACGUGUCGUCACGGCGCGGCCAAGAGCAGGAGAAGCGGCGCACAGAGCUGCGUCUCUCGUUUGUGGUGGUUGGCAUCAUUGGUUUGUGGUUCGUGGCGUGGACACCGUACGCCGUCGUGGCGCUGCUGGGCAUAUUCGGCUUCGGCGACGUCAUCACGCCACUCGGCAGCAUGCUGCCUGCCCUGUUCUGCAAGUCAGCAAGUUGCAUUGACCCGUUCAUCUACGCGGUGACCAACCGGCGGUUCCGAGUCGAGUUCUCCAACCUCUUCCACCCGACCAGGCGCUACACCAAGUCGACAAGCUACUACAGCCGAGCCAUGUUCUGGCAUGCUGAUGCCGCCACCAGGGUGUCCUCGUUGAUGGUCAAGAGGAAGGAGUCGAUGAGCGGUGAGGACGACGAUGACCAAUUCCAGGAGCUGCAGGCGUGUCGGCUGGCCAAACGCAAGGUGUGGUUGCAGAAGAACUGGCACCCGGCCGCCACUGAGAUCACCCGCUGUGCUAGUCUGCAGUACUCCACCAACCAUAUGGGCAUACAUGCAGCUGAACCCAAGUCCAGUCCUUUAUGAGGCUAUUCACAUCCUUCUCAUUUUAUAUUUUAUUAUAUUUGUUGAAUUGAUUUGUAAUCCAUCAUAUACUUCUGUGCAACCACACUUGUGUGUAAUGUGUGAAGAGAGUAAACAUUUUUCUUCAAAUGAAUUUAAUGGCAAUGAGAUCAAACACUGUGCCUACCAUCUGGGCAUAGAUAUAGACUGAAUCAAAAUCCAGUACUAAUUGAGCUUUUACUUCCUGUUCCUACAUUGUAUUGAAAAUUGAAAUGCAUGACUAUUCCAGAACUGAUACGAUUGGCCAUGUACAUAUUAGUACAGAUUUUGGUGCAACAUUUCAUUAAAAUUUGAACAGAUAGCCUAUAUGACUGACAUUCCUGAGCAUUCUUCACAUUCAAUAGGAUCAUAAUUUAUAGCUCUUCUAAAACAAAGUUUAUAGUGGUGCACAAGUCACGGAUGGACUGACUGAUUAAUACAAAUCCUAUAUUCUAUUCCAAAAUAAAAUGAAAAAAGCUACAGGAAACCAAUUAUGUUGAUUCAUUUUAUAAAACUUGUGUUCACAACCAGUAAUUUUCAGAAUUUCAGUUACCGUAUUUAUUUCAAUUAAAAACUAAAAAAAAUUGAAUAAUAUAAAAAUACUUUACAGAAAGAGUGCAUUGAACAAUCAACUUCCACUUGAUAUCUUGAAGCAUAUAACGUUUUUUUGUUGGGACAAACACUUCAUCCCAAUAUUGCUUUCUUUGUCAGAAAAUAUACGUAACUUACCGUACUUAACAGUUUUCACUUUCAGAAUCAGUACUAUUAGUGAAUUUCUCCAAUGACAAUUUUUUAAUUUUAAAUUUAUAAAUGUUAUGUUUGUCUCUCAUUACCACUCAUGUAAUGUACAAUAUUAAGCUUUAUGUCUAAGUAGUAAACUAUUUUCUAUGUAGCCUAUUAACCAGACACUUUGUGAAAGAGUAGAAGUCAUUUUAACAUACUACCCAGAACUCUAAUAAAAAUCUAGUCAAUUUGAAGUAUGAUGAGAGUUUUUCACAAGUUCUAGCAUAUUAUUGAUCUCGUUUUAAUGUUGAUUUAGGCUACAUAGAUUUCUAUGACUGUUAAUUAUAAUUUGAUUUUUGAUGUGUAGUAUAAAUAUUGUUUAUAUUUGAAGUAUCAACAAUGCAUAGGCUAAUAUUAACAAACUUACAUGGUUAAGUCGAACAUUAUUGUGAAUUUCCUACGCUGUUAGUUUUUUAUUAAGAUUUUUAUUAAGUUUACGAAUUACUCUUUAAAUUAAAAAAUGUAUAAAAAAUUAUUAUUUGUGGCACCUUUUGCAUUGUACAGUGCUAGUUUGAUAUUUUCAACAGAUUGACAGUUUGUCUUUGUGAGCACGAUAAGCACUUAUUAUUGUUGUUUCCAAUCAAUUUUAAAUUAAUUGUUGCUAAGUUAAUAUACGGUAGUCAUGUUAUUUAUGUAAAAAUAUAUUUUUCAUUGUAACACCAAA